ACUGGGCUGUCUGGCCCUCAGUGUGUGUCCAGCUCUAACGUCGAAGGUAUCGUUCGUCUUCCUUCGUCUCAGCCAUGACUGAAGCUAAAUCAAACUACAAGGAGGUCCCUACUAACGCCGAAGAUGAAAUCAAGAAAGACGAUGAUGUGGUGGGUCUCAAGCCCAAGAUGACCCUCCUGAAUGGUAUUACGGUGAUUGUGGGUUCUAUCAUCGGUUCUGGUAUCUUCAUCUCCCCGACUGGUGUGCUGCAGAACACCGGUAGCGUAGGCAUGGCUCUCGUUGUAUGGAUAACCAGCGGGAUCUUCUCCAUGGUGGGCGCCUACUGUUAUGCAGAGCUAGGAUGCAUGAUACAAAAGACCGGCGCUGACUAUGCAUACAUAAUGGUCACGUUUGGGCCAUUCCUGGCGUUCAUGAGGCUGUGGGUGGAGUGCAUCAUUGUACGGCCGUGUUCCCAGACCAUCGUCGCCCUCACCUUCAGCGUCUAUAUAAUGAAACCAUUCUUCCCUACUUGCAUACCUCCUGAUGAUUCUGCUCGCCUCCUGGCCGCCGUCUGCAUCCGUCAGACGCAGUACUUCAAUUUUGACAACACAGAGCAUGACAUCACCAAGAUAGCUCUCUCCUUCUACUCUGGACUCUUCGCUUACAACGGAUGGAACUACCUCAACUUUGUGAUAGAGGAGUUGAAGGAGCCAGUCAAGAACCUUCCCAAGGCUAUCUACAUCUCCAUCUCCCUGGUGACUGCUGUCUACGUGCUGACCAACGUGGCCUUCUACACUACCCUCUCCCCUGCUGAGGUGCUGGGCUCAGAGGCUGUGGCUGUGACCUUUGCAAAUAGAUUGUACGGUUACAUGGCUUGGAUUAUGCCAUUUUUCGUCGCCUGUUCAACCUUUGGAGCAGUCAACGGUGUGCUACUGACGUCUUCCAGGCUCUUUUAUGCUGGUGCUAUGGAAGGCCAGAUGCCCGAGAUUCUGACAAUGAUCCAGGUUAAGCGGAUGACCCCAACCCCUGCAGUGUUGUUCAUGGCUUUCCUCAGUCUUGUCUAUUUGGGCUCAAGUAACAUAUUUGCUCUUAUCUCCUACGUUGGCUUUGCUACCUGGGUAUCAAUUGGCCUCGCUGUGCUGUGUGUGCCAUGGCUACGGUGGAAAGCUCCUGAGUUGGAAAGGCCCAUCAAAGUGAAUCUUAUCUGGCCUGUCCUAUACAUCAUUGCCACUAUACUCAUUACCAUAGUACCCAUGGUGGCAGCACCUAUUGAAACUGGUAUUGGUGUUGGAAUUAUUUCUACUGGUAUCCCAGUUUACCUCCUCUUCAUCAAAGUGAGAAAGCCAGUAUGGAUUAAGCGGGGACUCAAUAACUUAAAUAUAGUACUGCAAAAGGUGAUGAUGGUCUGCCAACCAGAAAAAGCUGCAAGUCUGUGAAGAGCAACACGUUCCUUCGAAAGGCUAAGGAUUCUCUAAGAAAAUUACACAGAGAGAACAUUUAACUUGCUGUAACAAGUACUCUCUUAUUUUCUGGCAAACUGUUUUAUUCCUGUGAAAUUAUCGAUUUUAAUUAUUUUGUCUAGCUAUGCUUUACUUUCAACUGGUGGCAUAUUUGUAAGAGAUGGGACAAAGAAAUCCUCUCACAGUGAACUAAAUAACACUACUUACAACAAACAGAUGAUUCAAUGCUUUUAUCACUUUUCCACUGGGAAUUGGGAGAGAUGAAUAUUUUGUAAGUAAAUAGUAUCUUGAGUGCUGUGACAGGGGAGUGGGAUUACAUUACAUGCCACUAAAUAUAAUGUAGACAAGGACUUCUGCUUUAGUUUUUUGCACCAAGUAGGCUUUGAUAAUUUUUAUAAUACAGUAUGAAAACCUUUGUAUAGUUGAUUACAUUUAAGAAAUGUGUGUUUACAUAAUUACUGGGAUAAUAAAUGAUGUAAAUGAUCUUGGAGUAGGAACAGUUGCAGUUAUGUAGAUUUACUGUGAUAUAUACUUGUUUUCCAUUUAUUCUAGAAAAGGAAAUUUAAUUGAUCAAAGAAGCGUUCUCGUGUACGUAUUAUAUUGGGAAUGAUAAUUUACACCCACUAUUGUCAGAGUUAAAAAAAUAAACUGCUGCCAUAUGUGGCUGGAUUGAGGGGCUAUGGUGUGCAGCUCACUUGAACUUCCACAUGUCUGAGUUACAUUUAUAAAUUAAGAUUUAGGAACCUUUUAAAUAUGAAUAAAUCUCCUCAGUAUUCAGCUACAUAGUAGCAUUUACGGUAUGUAAUUUUCUAGAUUAAUACUAUUUCAUCAAGUACAUUUUAAAUUUACUAUGGAUAUUUUUUGAUCAUAAAUGUUUUACAGCAAACUGUAGCCAUUUAUGACACAGAACUAUUUGAAUUUUGCAUCCAGUAAUAAUUAUGACAGUCUCUCUCUCUCUCUCUUUCUGCAAAAAAUAACAAACAGUUUGAUUUUUUUCAAGACAGGUUUUCAACUUGUUUAAAUUUGAUACUAUAGAUCUGAAACAGGUUUCUUAGUUGCAAGAUAUGUGACCAAUUUCAUUAUAUUUUCUAACAGGUGCCACAAGAAUAUGGCAAGAUAUUUUAAAAACUAUGAAGGGAUUUGCUUUAUUUUCGCAUUGUCAUGAGAUUUAGAUGUACCAGGAUCUAUGUCUAAAACACAACUCUUGGAAACUUUCAUUUGUUUAAAAUUUUAUAUUAUAUUUAGAUAGUAUACCAUAUUCAAGGAAUAAGAUAUCUCUCCUUUGACCACAUUUAUGCUGUUUAACUCUCACUACUAAGGGCCUGCUCCUGCAGUCUGAUAAAAUAUUUAAAUUUUUAUGCUUCUUUCUCAGAUAUACUUGUUUAUGUAAAACAAUCUUUUUAUGCAGUAUUUUAUAAAUUAUUUAAAUUUCAACCUACACCAAAAUAGCAAUUCAUUUGUUUUUCUGUUGCAUAUUUGUCAGUUGUAGAUGUGGAGACUAUAACAAACCUGCAUGAUGAAAUUCUUGCAUAUGCCACUCUGUUCCUACUGGUAAUGUAGGUAGGUCAAUAAGCAUAUUACACUGGACAUUAAAAGAUAAGGGUAAUACCAAUAUUCUGUAAAAUAUUAAAAAGCUGUAAGAGAGAAAUGAUAUUUUGGUAAAAUAUUUAUCUUUUUUUUUUAUCAACAUCAGUUAGUACUGUAAUUCUGUAUUUUGUAUUUAUAUGAAAUCAGUAACCAUAUAUAAUUUUUUUUUAUCAAGAGUUCCUUGAUAAUCAGUUUGUGGUCAGCAAGAUAUAAAUAUCCUCAUUAUUCAGAAUCUAAUAAUUAAAAGAUAACUACUGGUUUGAAAUAUUCAGUAUAUUUUUAUAUUACAACUCAUAUUUACAUGAAUUAUGACAGAGGGGUAAAUAAAAAAAAAAAAAUGGAACUGAAUAUUUGAAUGUACUGCGUUUGUCAUACGUUACUGGGACCAUUGUUUACAUGCUGGAGGAUGUUUGAGCAAGAGUGAUUGGAUAGUUCUGAUGUACUGUGUAUACAAAACCACACUAUAGACAUUCAAAUAACUGCAAAAUUGGUAUGUUAUUUCUUUACAAAGUUUUAACUGGGACUUCGUGGGGAUCUGAGAUUUGCUUUGUCUGUAAAGUAAUGAAUUGGUAACUAUUGAAAUAUGUUAUGACACUGUGAACUAUCCUCAUGCCUACAUUUGAAUAUAUUACUGUAUGGCAGAUAAUACAGUAUUCUCUUGACAGAUACAAAUACAGUGCAGCUUUCAUCUACUAGUCAAGUGCCAUAAUUUAGCAAAUUUGAUACCUAGAUAAGUUUGACGUAUGCAUAUUAUGGAGAACAAGAGCAUGUUUGCUACUGAAUUACAUUUUUAACACCAAGUGUAGGGAGUAGGAUUAGUUGAAGGCUUGAACAAUUUUUCUCGCACAUCCCUACCCUUCCCACACCGCUGCCUAAACGGCUGAGACUUGUAUGAUAGUUUCUACCUACCUGCAGGUUUAGUGCAUAAAGCAGAUAUGUUAAAGGUUAAGUAUGUAACUAUAAACCAGAUGCAAAUGUUAUAUCCAACAUUGUAGAUUUAUUACCAAUGCCUUUGCAUAUAUGCUCUUGUAGGUGGAAGCCAUUUGUGACAAAGGCUAGUUUCUAAAAACUAUAAAAUAUUCAUGAAAUAAGCUUUUAAAAGAGAAGGUGGUUGUAAAUACCAGAAAGCUUACAUUCAGUUUUAUAUAAAAAUUAAUUUAAAAUUAUGUUUAGUUUCACAUUAAAAACUAAUAAACCUGUUGGGUGAUGCAGGAUAGGAAAUGCAAAGUAAAAGAGCAAAGCAUUACUACAGUUAAGUUGUUCUAAAUCGUUUAUUUCACCUUUUCAACUCCUUUAUAAAUCUGGUUUCUUUUUUAUUAUAAUAAUAAAAAAUCUGGUUGAAAUAUUUUUUUUUUUCAAGAGUUGAACAUAGUCAAAGUUAUUCACUGAAUUUCUAAUAGCCUAUUAAGUGCAAUUUGAAGAAAGUCUUCCAUCACAUUUAAAUGUUAGCUGCUGAGAGCUGUUUUGCUGUCUGUCAAAAGUGUGUAAGUUGCCAUUUACACAUUUACAAAUGAUGCCUCAUAUAGUCCCAAAGUCAAUGGAGGAUGUGAUGCAUGGUUGUUGCAACUGCCAAUGCCAGUGAUAAAAUACAGCUGUCAAUUUGUUCACUAAGACUAUUUACCAAGUUAAAUUUGAUUCAAGUUAUCAUUUUAACACACAUAUUUAACAAAUAUUUAGAACUGUAACUUGAUUUCUAAAGGCAAGAACUGCCAUGUUUAUACAUACAUCUGGCAUAUCCUUCAUUGUUGCAGAGGCAAAGGUAGUGUAAAUAACUCAGUCAUGUAAAGAUAUUUAGUAAUGUAUAGGGCAAUUUAUGUGAUACUGAGAGGGUGUGAGAGUGAGAUAGUGAGUGUGAGAAAGUAUGAGUGUGUGUGCAUGUGAGAGUGCACACUAUACAUCAUAUAAAUACAUACAUGUAUGUAUAUAUAUGAUAUGCAUAUAUAUACAUGUAUGCAUAUAUAUACUGUACACUUGCAUAUGCACACACGUGCAAAAAAAAAGUUUUGUUAAAUAUAUGUAAAUGUCAUUCUUUGGUGUGUAAUUCCAUAUGUCAAUACUGGCUCUUCUUGAGGCCAGGCACCCUAUGAAAACCAGUGUUUGUGUUGUUGGUAUAGCAAAAGCCUUGAUAUAUUAUACAAAUGUCUUAACUCUCUGGUAAAACAGACUUUUAUCUUCUUGUUGAGAGUGGUAAUAGAGGCAUUGUAAGUAUUGUACUAGGAAAGUUUUAUGGGUAUCUGUAUAUUGUCAUUUCUGUGCUAGUAGGCAAAGUACCAUUUCAAUAAUUUUUAGAUUUAAUAUACUGGUAACCAAAAUAUGAGGAGCUGAACUCUGUUGUGGUAUAUGUUAGUGAGCUUCAAAGCUGCUCAUCAUUAGCCCUUAAAACAAUACAUGGUAGGGAACCUUGCCACCAAUGUGGUGGGCAGUCUUUUUAUGAAAUUUAAAGCAUUUAAAAUACUGUAGUACAGAAAAAUUUAUAUAUUUAUAAAAAUAGGAAUAAUUACCUUAAUAAUAGUGAAAAAGUUACAGGCCUGAAGUGAUAGUUUCACAUUUGCACCCAAAUAUUUAUUAUAUAUACAAAGUUUGUUAAUGGGUUUAGUUUUUUUUGUAAUAGCUACUAUUGUAGCUUUAAAUAAGUAAUCAUGUGUGUUUCAUUGCGAAAAAAACCCUUUGGCAGUGAAAUUACAACACAUUAACAUAUCUGUCACACAGUUUUAGAAUGAAUCAUUGUGUUCAUACAAAAUGAUCAAUACUUGCCACAAAACAUGGACCAGUUAAGCAGUCUGUUUUAUCAUCAGAGAACUUUGUUUCAUGCAGAGGGAUUUUACCCACUAGCAUAACACCUGUCUUUAAAACAGGGACUAUGUCCACCUGCAUGACAGUUAUUUAAAACACUUGUUUCAUGCAAAGGGACUAUGUGCCCUAGCAGGAGUUUCAUCUAAAACAUUGUUUUAGGCAAUUUGUGCCCACUACCAUGACAAUGCUGUUUAAAACACUAGCAUAAGUCUGCAUGGUGCACAUAAAUUUAGUGCUUAAUAUCAGAGGUUUACCCAAUAAUAGUCCUUGGCACUUUGAACCUGCUAGAAUUUGUCCAGUUCUUCCUGCACAAGUAUAAGCAUGUUGCACCCAGUUUAAGGGUUUACAAGAACUAAGUUAUGCUACUUUUAUAACCUUUUUUUGUGAUGUUUUUUUCAAACCUACAGAAUUUUAUCUCGAGACUUUAUAUGGUAUGUAAAUUGUUUUGAGUAAAAAAUGCAAAAUAAAUAUCAAUAAUGAAAGUAAAGAUAUUUUAAGCCUUGGCCUAAAAUUUUGGUGACUAGGUUAUCUUUUAAACUAGACCAUUAAUAAUACAGAAGUUUAAAUUUAAUUUUAUUUCUAUAAAUGAAUACAUCAGUGCUCAGAAAACAAAUACAUAUCAUAAGAUUGAAAGAGUAUUUCACAUGCUAGUAAUCUCGUCCAAAACUGUGAUGCUCUGAAGAGUGUGUUACACUGCUAUUUGAGCAGAUAGUUGUUAUUAACUCUUGGAAAAGUCAUCACAUUAGAUGAGCUAUAUUUUAUUACUUUGUUUUGAACACAGCUUAAGGCAUGUAAAGUACUUAGAUUCUUACAAGUGAAUGAAAGUACACCAUCCACAUCUGUUUAUGAAAUGCCUAUAGUUACAUUCCUGAAUCCUAUGGUUUUAAUAAUCUACAACCCUAAUGAAUAUAGAGCAUAUAUUUAAGAGUGCAUCUCAAAAAUUCACUUCAGCUUUUUUUUUUUUUUUUUUUUUUGUGUUAAUAGUCUGAAGAGAUUUUCUAUUCAGACUUUCUAUAAUACUCAUAUUAUGGAUUAACUUUUAUUAUAUUGCAUUUUAAUCUUGAUGUUGUAUAUUUUUUUUUGUAUCAUUAUCUUUGCUGGAGUUACGGAAUAUUAUUACCAUUAUUUUUAUGUGCAUUUUCAAUAAGCACAAACUUUAAUAGUGCAACAACUGCAAGUGCAAAUUAUUUAAAGAUUAGGUAAUAUAGUAUGCCUGUGUGCUAUAAACACAUUUUGAUACGAAACCAUGGAUCAACCUUCAUUGAGGCGUGACUGAUGAUUGUGGUGAAAAUGUUACAUCUCAAUGAAUGCUCCUAGAUACACUUACUGGUGGGAGAAAUAUAAACAUGGCUAUGAUAUGCAUAUUGAUUUUUGCGUUAUACUGCCAGGUUUACUUGUAAGUUUAAGCUGUCUUGGUUCCUUUCCACUGAGCUUAAUGAUGUGCAGCAAAGCAUUUUUGUGGCCUGUGAGAAAAUGUCCUUGUGUAUUGAAAUGUUUAGUAAACUGUCAUUUUAUGUAUAGAAGAGACUUAUCUUAAAAAUGUCAUACAUUGUUCAACAAGAUUUAUGUUGUGAAAAUAAUGAGAGUUGUCGAGUGUACUUUGUGAAGAAUGGAUUGUACAACUGUUUGUUAAUGUUGAAUGAAGUAAACAACUUGAUCA